AUGGCAUACUCUCAGCGGCCAGUUCAGAGGCCCCCGCCUCUGAGGCAGUACAAUAAUUCUCCGGCCCCUGGUGGAUAUGCGACCGAUGCUAUGUACGGUCAAGAUCCCGGUUACGCUCCUCCAGAUGCCGGCUAUGCAGACCCAGGACAUGAUACUCCAUCCUCAUAUGGAUAUCAGGGAGGUCCGCCCGGUCCUUCCGGUCCUCCACCGCCGCAGUCACAACCUCGCUCUAUGCGCCCGCCAGGACCCUCGGGGUCAGGGCGCCCGCCCCCAGGAUAUGAUGGUCGCCGUGGCUACCCUGGCGAUAGACCACCACCACAAGGACGAUCCAGGACUCCCGGAGGAGGUCGUCCACCGCCUCGACAAGGCGAAGGCUUCGAUGGCCCAUUCCCCGCUGUUCCUCCUGGACGAGACCCGCGAGACCCUCGGGGCCCUAGAGAUCCUCGAGAUCCUCGAGACCCUCGAAGCAGACGUGGUCCUCCCCCUGGCGGAUUAGACAGAGACAUGGCCGCGAUGGAUAUCAAUGGCCGACCACCUCGCGAUGGACGAAGACCAGAUAUGCGGGGUCCUCCACCACGCGGACCGCCACCUGGUCGUGGCCGAGGAGGUUACCCUCCAGGCCCUCCGCGAUCUGGAAGGCCGCCCAUGGGUCCGAAUGGUCCUAUGAUGGGACCUCCACGAAGCGCGACAAUGCCAUUGCGUGAACCUCCGCCCGGUGCAGGAUACGGCGAUUACCCGCCCAUGAGUCCGAUGGGUGAUGUGCCUCCACGCCCCAGCACUGCCGGUAGCUCGCGACCACCACGCGGUCGACCUUACAAUGAUAUCAAUCCUUCCUUGAUGGUUCCUCCUCCUGAACCUAGUGGCUUGAUGGCUCCGCCUCCCGAUCCUACCAAUCGGGUCUCAUACGCACCGAAGGACUUCCUAGACAGCUAUUACGAGGGCACACAUGAAGAUGAGCCUGAUAUGCCCAACUUUGACGCUAUGCCUCAUUCGAACGGUCCAUUAGAUGAGAUGGGAUUGGACGUAAAGCCCAAGGCCCAAACACCAGUUUCUCCAGCUUCUCCUGGCAGCGGUCAGUAUGCGCCCUAUACCCCCGGUGGUGGACCUUCAACGCCGCAUUCGCAGUCUCAGCCCAGCCUACGUGAUGGUACUGCACCCAACCAAUUCGAAAACGCCGGCUUCAAUUUCGAUAUUGCUGGCGGUGAUCACUCCCCAGCUGCAUCUGGAUACGGCCAUUCGCCCAAUGGAAUAGAUCAAGCUGGUGGCUAUUUUCCCAAUGGUGCCUCGCCCUAUUCGCCUGGUUCAUCUGGUACCCCUGGGCCACCGGGACCACCAGGGCCACCAGCUCAACAGGGAUUCUCUUACGAGCAACAACAAACCCCAGAUGCUCAGCAAAAUGCCGAUGCUUUGCCUUCUCACCCGACCCCGUUCCGACCGGGCCAUGAUGCGAAACCCGCUCCAGUCCGAAACUACAACAAUACCCCUGCGCCUACCCAAGCACCAGUCGCACCUUUGCCACCGACACCAGAUGGACAAGGUCCAAUCACACAAGAUGCACUUGCCAGGCUGCAACAAAAGGCACAGGCAAACCCAUCCGACCCAGCAGCGCAACUUGCUCUGGCCAAGGGACUAGCUGAAGCUGCUACUGUCCUCGUUGCUGAAAACAAUCGUCUUGACCCCAGGACAAAGGCAAAGGUGAAGGAGAAGUAUAUUAUGGACGCUCUCAAGAUUGUGAAGAAGCUAUCUUCCUCUGGAUUCGCAGAUGCACAGUUCUAUCUAGCCGACUGCUAUGGAGAAGGCCUUCUUGGCUUAGAAGCCGAUCCUAAGGAGGCAUUCAAUCUAUACCAUUCUGCUGCAAAGAACGGUCACGCUCAGUCUGCAUACCGAGUGGCCGUCUGCUGCGAAAUCGGUCAAGAAGAAGGCGGCGGUACUAAACGGGAUCCCUUCAAGGCUGUCAAUUGGUACAAACGUGCCGCAGCUUUAGGCGACACACCCGCAAUGUAUAAGAUGGGUAUGAUCAGUUUGAAGGGAUUACUCGGUCAAGCUCGCAGCCCUCGCGAGGGUGUAUCAUGGUUAAAACGCGCAGCCGAGCGUGCGGACGAAGAGAACCCCCAUGCUCUCCACGAGCUUGCACUUAUGUACGCCACCGCAUCUGGUAACGACUCCAUUGUACGCGAUGAAGCAUAUGCCAGCCAACUCUUCCACCAGGCCGCCGAACUAGGAUACAAGUUCUCACAGUUCCGCCUUGGUACUGCCUAUGAAUACGGAUUGAUGGGAUGUCCAGCCGACAACCGCAUGAGUAUUAUUUGGUAUACUCGUGCUGCAGCUCAAGGCGAGCACCAGAGUGAGCUCGCGUUGAGUGGUUGGUACUUGACAGGAUCAGAUGGCGUUCUACAACAAAGUGAUACGGAAGCUUAUCUCUGGGCUCGGAAAGCAGCUACAGCCGGUCUGGCGAAGGCUGAGUAUGCAAUGGGAUACUUUACUGAGGUUGGAAUUGGUUCAGCCGCUAAUAUGGAUGAUGCCAAGCGUUGGUACUGGCGUGCAGCGGCCCAAGGAUUCCCCAAGGCAAGAGAACGCCUCGAAGAACUCAAGAAGGGCGGAGGCAGAAUGCAAAAAACCCGUCUCUCUCGUAACAAUAUGAACAAGCAACAAGGAGACGGAGAUUGCGUCCUGAUGUAA